AUGCCUGGCGACGACGACUUGGUUGAGGCCGCGAAGUCCACUGCGGUCGACUACUAUGAUCUGUUAGGAAUUACAUUCGAGAAUUCCAGCGAAUCGGAUAUUCGACGUGCCUACCGUCGUACAGCUCUGAAAUACCACCCCGACAAANAUGCCGACAAACCCGACAUCGUCGAAAAGUUCCACCUGCUACAGAUCGCAAACGACGUCCUAUCGAGUCCCGAAUACAAAGCUAUAUAUGACAAUGCUCGUCGCGCCAAACAAGAGAGGGAGGAACGCCACCAAGCCUUUGAGGGAAGGCGUCGUCAGAUGAAAGAGGACCUCGAAAAUCGCGAGAACGCUAGUCUGAAGAGAAAACAUCAGGAAGAGGAAGAAGGCGACAAGCUGCAGCGCGAAAUUCAACGUCUGGCUGCUGAUGGCAAGAGACGACGCUUGGAAAGGCAAGAGCAGCUGAACCGCGAGCGGCUAGAAGAGGAGGAACGCCUCGAUCGCGAAAGGAAUGGAUACACAUCUCCACAAUCUGCUCCAUCUCAAGGCGUCGCUGAUAUUGACCGCUCCAUCAAGGUCGUCUGGUCACACGAAAACGAGGACAUCAACAAGGACCGCUUGACAUCCAUGUUCACCUCAUUUGGCAAACUGCAGGACGUGGUCAUACUCAAACCCAAAAAGAAGCGCCUGGGGGAAAGCAAGUCAAAGAGCCUAAUCUCAAGUGCUCUUAUAGUCUACGAAUCCGUAGUGGGAGCCCAUGCCGCAGUCUCAGACUUCAAANAACGUCAGUUAGAACCAGACUUCAAACUGCUCGACUCAGUCUACUGGGCAUCAAACAAGGAGCCCGAUUUUCUCCAACGUCCAUCAACACCAGUGUCCGCCUCACCAGCCACAGAACCAAAGUCAGCAUCGCGACCUAUACAUGAAAUACCUGGUAUGAACUCACCAAUCACCCCGCUCAAACAAGCAGGAGGUGGCCUGCGCAAGGUUCCUUCCUUUGCGUCCUUCAGUAGCGCCAAGAAUUCACCAGUCGCUCCUUCCGCCGUAUCGAGCCCUAGUCUGGAAGAGCUCACUAUGAUAAGGCUGAAGAAUGCUGAGAAACGGCGUCUCGAGGAACAAAUUCGCAAGCAGGAAGCCGAGGACGAAGACGAAGCUUGA